CUCAACAAACCACACUCAAGCAACCCUGACCGAUUCACUGUAUCAGCAUAGUGUGUUUGUUCAUCCCAAUCGUGUUUCUUUUGUUAUGUUUUGCCAGAUGAGUCAACCGUGAAGAAAAUUUACUCUUCUUUCAAUUAACUGACAUUUUGCUUCAUUUCAGUUAUUCUUAAUUUAGUCAAUGCACGUUUAUAGUUCCUGCCUAUUGCGGAGUCAAGUUGAAUAAUGGAGAUCAAAGUUGAAAUGAUAAUCGCCUGUUCGGUGAUAGUAAUAAUUUCAUCCGUUCUAUACGUUCUUGGAGGGAUUCUCGGACUUCGCGAAGUCACUAAAAAGACUCGCAAACAACAACGAAGGAGGGAAGUGAACGAUAACAGGACCGAACCCGAGGUUAUUAUCGUUGGAUCGGGUGUUCUGGGCUCUACUAUGGCGACUGUUCUGGCACGAGAUGGUCGCAGAGUUACGGUCAUCGAGCGCGACAUGAAGGAGCCCGAUCGUAUCGUCGGCGAGCUUUUUCAACCGGGAGGAAUUCGUACUCUGGAAGACCUAGGCUUGGGAGAUUGUGCAUCUGGUUUUGAAGAGGUCCGAUUGGACGGAUUCGUGAUUCAUGAUCCGUUCAUCAACAAACCAAUUGACUUCCAAUAUCCAAAGGGUGCAGCUGAUAAGAUUCAAUCGGCUCGUUGCUUCCAUCAUGGUCGCUUCAUCAUGAGUCUACGUAAGGCCGCAAUGGCUGAGAAAAACGUGACGUACAUUGAAGGAACUGUCACUACUAUCAUAGAAGAGAAAGGACGAGUCGUGGGUGUGGAAUAUAAGAAAAAAGGCGAACAGGAGAAGAAGACCUUACUGGCACCACUGACGGUGGUUGCUGAUGGCACCUUCUCGAAAUUCAGGAAGCAGUUUUCGAUGGCCAGUCACGAGAAAAUGAAAACACCGACAUCCUACUUCAUUGGUUUCAAAGUUAAGGAAACGUAUGACCUCAAAGCUAAUCAUGCCGAGGGCUUUUGGUGCCAAUCGACCCCGACAAUAAUGUACCGGAUCUGUCCCGACACUAUCCGUCUGAUGGCAGAUAUUGAGACAUCGGUGCAACCUAAGAACCCGAAGCAGUUCGUCAUGGAUACAUUAUAUCCGGAUCUGCCAGACCAUCUUAAGAAAGUAGUAGGCCCGGCCAUGGAGGACGAUGCCGUGCGACUUCGUCUUGUUCCUACCUUCUAUGUUCCCUCUGCACCCCUCCAGAAACCCGGUACCUUGCUGCUGGGUGAUGCACUCAACUGCCGCCACCCGUACACAGCUAGUGGAAUGACGGUAGCUCUGAUGGAUAUCAAGUCCUGGGCUGAUAUCCUGCAAGGAAUUGAUUCACUAGAUGACAAAGAGAUAAUGGCGGAGGCUAUCAAUGAGUUCCAGAAACGUCGCCGUGCUGGAUACGCCCUCGUUAUCAAUGUCUUCGCUCAGUGUGUGAAAACGGUGCUCUUCGCUACCGACAGAUAUCUAUCAAAGUUCCGGCUUGGAGCUUACAACUAUGUGUUACUAGGCGGAGAGUGCUUAAAUGGACCUUUACGUAUCUAUGGCUGUUUGGAACCUCGACCGGCUCUAUUGCUGUAUCACUUCCUGGCUGUAAAUCUCUAUACUGCUUACUACCUCCUCAAAUCGGCACCGUGGUAUGCCAAGCCAAUAGCCCUUCUAGAUGGACCGCUUGUCUUCCUUCGGUCGUCUUACAUGUUCUUCUCCCUCUGGCUCUCCGAGUGCAAAUCCGUUACUUACCAGUAGUAACAACAUGGAUACAGUUUCUUAAAAAAAAAACUAAUUACUUAAUCACUUUUAAGGCUUAAGGCCACUGCACAUCUUACGACUGGUCCACGGUCCGGAUUGUUGCUCCUUUUUCUUGAAAAUGGGAAUUAAAGAAGACCCUAUCUAUUUAUUUCUCGUUCAAAUUAAUUGUAAAAAUAUCCAUAUUAAUACAACAAAUUUGGAUGAUUGAAAGCCUUUAUUUUCUAGUAAAGGUCAAAUUAGUUUCAAUUCGUUGCCAAUCGUACGAUUGCUAUGGUAUCAUUACGAUUAGAUAAUAAAUUCACUUGUAUUCUAAUAAGGAUGGUAACAUAGUAGCAAAUUAUGUAUUGAUCACACGUAUUCGUACGGUGAUCAAGAACAUUAUUCGGUAGAUAUUCCAUGUCUCAAUUUUAGCGACUAAUUCUAUUCCGUUUUAUUCUGAAAUCUGGUCGCAGACCAAUCGUUAAGUAUGCAGUGACCUUUUGAUAAUAAAUCAUGUUUUGAAAUGCAUCCACCAAUCAGAUCCCAUGGUUUAAAUGAGGCGUCUUGUAGAUUAUAGACUAUGAACAUUUUGCCUACGGUAAACGGUGAUUUCACACAAAAAAGCUAUGUCUAGAAAGUUCACAAUUGAUUGCAGUUUUGUUAUUCGCCAUUGCGAUUGUUCCUUACGUUGCCACCAUGCAUGGGGAAUCCUCAAUACUCACCAUAAUCUAGUUAAUCGAAU